ACUAGUAUUCAAAAAAUAACCAAGACGAACCUUCAUCGAAACUGCUCCAGCUGGAUACCCACUAUUUGACUUUAAUUUUUCAACGUUUAAAUCAUUUCAAUUGUUCAUCCAACAAUCUUGAAAUCUUGAUAAUAUUUUCUUCAAUUUCUACAUCAUAUUCUCUUUACAAUCAUCAAUCGAAUGAAUAUUCAUUCAUUCACUUCGAAUUCAAUUUUCCACACCAAUUUUCGAUCCUGAAAUCGCUGAUUUCACGGAGAAUUUGACGCAUUCAAUACCGAUUGUUGAUCUUCAGGGUUUAAUUUGAUUACCCUCGUGCCGAAUUUGGGUUUGAUGACUUGAAUUCCAGACACAGUUAGGGUUUGUAUACUCUGUUUUCCCCCAAUUCAUCCAAUCCUUUUAAAUUCAAAUUAAUUCGAUAAAAUUCGAGAAGAUUGUGAUUUGAUAUGGGUAGUACGGAUAUUGAGGGAGAUGAAUUGGAGGCUGAAUCAUCAUCUGCACGAGUACGUAAUCACAACAAUCAGGUGACCCCUUUCCGAACCCGAUAUCCGGGUUUAGUUAGAUUAAAAGCAUAUAUUUUUGAUGGGUUAGGUGAUUACUACAAUAAAGAUUGGGAUUUGUUAGAGGGUAAUGGGAAAGAAUUCUGUUGGUAUCAUGUCGAAAUCCCGAAAGGUAACCAAAAGCUUUCUCAAUCUGCACAAUAUUUGAUUGAUGUUUUGUGUCCACCGUUAAAGCUGCAAGAUAUUCUUGCAUUGAUUAGUAAUGGGCCUUAUUGUGGGCACGUUGAUGGGGCACUUGUGUUUCGGGUUAAUUCGCCUGGACCGCCUGCUAGCAAGUUUACGUUUAGGUUAGCUGCUCGGGUGACUGAGAAUUCGGUGAUUACUGUGUCGUUGGGUCGGGUGCCUCGGUUGGGGUUUUCGCCAAUGGGUCAGUCUUUGUUGUCUGAGAUCCCGAGUGUGGAGAGCCCGGGUAAUAAGCCUAGUGGGUCCCGGGAGAACGAUGGGUUUGUGAUUAAGGAGCAUGUUCUUGAUUUCUUGUUGACGAUGAAUCAUUCUGAGGAGGCGGAUAAUCCUGUUCCUAAGUCGGUUUCGAAUUUGGUUGUGCAUAUUGUGGAUACGCAUGUGGAUCAUCUCGAGGAUGUUGUUACCAAGCUUGAGAUUGAACUUGACUCGGUAGAAGUUGAUUUGGAUAAAGGUGGUUUUGCUUUGAAGAAACAAAUGCUUGACGAUAGAAGAUUUCCAAAAAUGCAUCUAGACUUGCAACGGCUCUUGCAGGUGAUUACACACGGAGAACAAGUGUUUCCACGAGUGAAGGAGAAAUGUUCCACAAAGGAUUGGUUUGCAGGUGAAGACAUAAAUUCAUUGGAAGAGUUGAUCAGAAGGUUGAGAAGGUUAAAGGAUAAUGUCGGUUUUAUCUCUAAUCGGGUCACUGCUGUUCAGGCCGGUCUUGACAGCUGGCAGGCUGAGCAAAUCAACCGAAAACUCUACUACCUAUCGUUUCUCUCCAUCAUAUUUCUUCCUCUUUCCAUCAUCACAGGAGUUUUCGGGAUGAACGUGGGAGGCGUUCCUUGGACGGGACAAAGAGAUCCAGCGCUAGCAGACGGUUUCAGAAACGUGAUGUUUGUUUGUUUGGGAACGUUAGGUCUCGUGCUUUUAUGUUUCCUGUUCCCGUUUCUUUACACCAAAAUAACGGCUUGGAGAAGACAAAGAACUAUAAAACGAAGUUGGUCUCUUAACCGGAGAUCUUUUCUUAAAAGAACCGUGCCUGAAGAACGAGGCGGGUACCUUCGGCUCUGACCCGAAUCAAGAUUUGAACCGUUUCGUGAUUGUUUUUUCUUGGUGUAAUGUUGUUCAUAGUUACUGCAUAACUUUGUUCGGUCUGAUUUGCCAUGAUCAAGCCUGUUUAGACCUGAUUGUAGCGUGGUAAGCACUUGAUUUGUUGAUUUUUUUUUUUUUUUCAUUUUUUGGUUAGUUGAUCCUUUGUAAAAUUGAAUGCAAACUCACCAUUGUAUACAUUCGAGUUUGUGGAAAUUUCAGUUAUUUAUAAUUGAAUUAA